GUUUGCGACAUACUUCGCGCCUUCCCGCUCCACGACUCGCGGAACGAUCUCCGCCUUCUCGAAAUGGCGCGGCGAUCGACACCCCUGUCCGGCGGAUCCGCACCAUGACGCGGGGACACUGCCGAGAGAACCACGAUAUCGAACAUAUCAACUGUGAAGAACCCGUACGUCCGCCGGAGACAAACAUCUGACGCAGAAAGGGAAACAAACAGAAAGAGUCUACAAUGGCGGAACAGAAGCAGGAGCCAACGCUUUUGAUCAUUGGUGCUGGCACCUUCGGCACCUCUCUUGCCGUGCAUGCUUCAAAAGCCUACCGCGAUGCAUCGAGAAUCACGAUAGUUGACCGUUGGUCUCCAGACGGGCCUGUGCAGGACAAACAGGCGGCCGCAAUUGACAUCAACCGCAUCAUCCGCACCGACUACACCUCACCGCUGUAUUGCAACCUCGCAAAUGAGGCCAUUCACUUCUGGUUCUGGGGUAUGGAAGUGCAAGGCCAUUUUCACAAAGCAGGGUGGACAGUAUUCGAUGGCCCUGAUCAGAGUCAAGAAUUCAGGUCGGGCGUGCGCAAGACUUUUGAGGAAAGGGGAUCGAACGUCAUCAAACAGCUUGACGCGAAUGACUUGAUUAAAGAGCAAGAUGUCUUAAAAGGUCUGGAUGGCGACAAGCUGGGGAAGGGAUACUUCAAUCCUGAAGCGGGGUGGGUAGAUGCAGCAAGCGCGACCAAGGCCUAUUUGAGAAUCGCGGAAAGCAGAGGUGUGAAGAGAGUCACUGGCGAAGUGAAUGAAUUGCUGCUGCGUGACAACGGGGAGGGGUUAGCAGGUGUGCGGCUACACGACGGCACGGUCUUGAAAGCAGACAAAGUCGUUGUUGCAGCUGGUGCCUGGACAAGCAGCUUACUUUCUCCUCUCGAGGACAAACUCGACAUUGCAGACAAAGACCGAAUCGAACGGCAGAUCACAGCCGUUGGACGACUAUCCGCUUACUACGAUCUGAGCGAAAGCGAGUCAAAACACAUGAUGGAGACGAAACUUCCGAUCGUAGUCAUUGGAGGCGAGGUCGACAUCAUCCCUCCUUACUAUCACUUACCCUGCCUGAAGAUCAAUGACCUCAAGACCGAGUUCACGAACACCAUCAUUACAGCUUCAGGGCGGCGUAUCACGACACCCAGCACAAGGAACCAGAUGCAAGUUCCCAAAAAGCUUACCCAGGAAAGCGAAAAAGUCCUCAAAAACAGCAUGCCAGGAUGGACAAAAUCCCGAAGCCCAGACCGCUGGCGCAUAUGCUACGAUGCCGUCACCCCGACCGAAGACUGGGUGCUAUCACGACACCCCGACAAUCGGCUCAAGAACAUGUACAUUGCAGUCGGUGGAAGUUUCCACUCGUACAAGUUCAUGCCGAAUGCAGGAAGCUAUUUGCUCAACGUGAUUGAGGGCAAGAGUAAUGGAGAGGAGAAGGAUAGAGCGUGGAAGUGGAAGAGUGAGGACGAGCUGAAGGAAAGAUGCGCGAAGGAGUUUGGUAACAGUCCCCGGAAUGAGCACAGGAGAGAGUUGAGUGAUUUUGAGGAGGAGAAAGCGAGGCUAUAGAGACGGUCGUUUUGCUGGAUAACACAAUCAUGUUGUGAAGAUGUAGGUCGAUGUUCUGUUUGACGUCUCGGUCUCCAGGUGAGCCACGGAGGAGCUAUAGUUCAGUGCAAGGGCUUUGGCCGC